UCUCUCUCACACACAGUACUUAUUUCUACAUCUCCUUCCCUCUUCCAUUAAUACACUUCUGCCCCCCAAGCAAAACCACAACUAAGUAUAGAGAGAAUCCUUCUCCAUAGAAAUCUGGAAAACCAAAUGAAAAAACAAAUAAGAGAGACAAACUGAUCAGAAACAAACCCCCACUACUUCUCGAUCUGUAAAGCAAUAUUUUAUAUAAUAAUAAAAAAUCUUAUUUUUAUCAACCUCUCUCUCUCUCUCUCUCUCUCUUGCUAUCUUUACUUUUGCAUUAAGAGCUUUCUCUGCCAUCUCUGAUGAAGAUUCUAAUUAAGCCCUAGCAGCAGGUACUCCUUUCCAUGUUCCCUUUGCUUCUAGUCUGAUGUGGUGGAGAGUUGCCCUUGAAGUACUUUGAGUAGCAAACAAGUAUUUCAGAUUUAAUGCUAAAAUUCUAAGCAAGGGAUGGGCCGAGAGAGAGAUCAUAUAUAGAUAGAUAUAGAUAGAGUACUACUUCUUCUACUACUACUAUAUUCUAUACUAUACUAACACUCCCACUACUUCUUAUCCUUUUCUCUAAUUCACUUUUUAUUUAUUUUGCUUUCCUCUUUUGUUUAUCAUUUUCACAGGCGAUUCCUGUUGCGGGUUUUGUCUAUUUGAUAUAAAAAUAAUAAUGUAUUGUUUCGGGAGGUGUGAAUUAUAAGAGAAAGUAGUACUACUAUAUAGCUAGGACUGUAAAUUUUUAUUUAAUUAUUUUAUUAUAUAUUUAUUUAUAUUUCAAAAAUAAAAAUAUGAACACAUCAGGGUUUAGGUGAGGAGGCUAUAAGAAGUGAUGUUGUGUCUGGCUAGAGGAUCCAAAACUACCAAAAACAAGAGCAACAAAACGGCUUUGCAUCAUUGUUUCUCACUUGGCUGGCGACUACUAUAACUAUAUUUAUAUUUACAUAUAGAAAGAGAACUCAGUUCUCCAAAGCUGGUUCAUAUAAGCAAUCAUUAUGGCUUCAUCAAACCGACACUGGCCUAGUAUGUUCAAGUCCAAGCCUUGCAAUAGCCACCACCAAUGGCAGCAUGACAUCAACCCAUCGCUCAUGACUAGUGGAUACCACAGACCUCCGUACGCUUCAGUUGGUGGGUGUGAUGAGAGGAGUCCGGAGCCGAAGCCCAGAUGGAACCCGAAACCGGAGCAGAUUCGAAUCCUUGAAGCGAUCUUUAACUCUGGCAUGGUGAAUCCCCCGAGAGACGAGAUUAGAAGGAUCAGAGCCCAAUUGCAAGAGUAUGGACAAGUUGGUGAUGCCAAUGUGUUUUAUUGGUUUCAAAACAGAAAAUCUAGGAGCAAACACAAGCUCCGCCACCUCCAAAACUCCAAACAACAAACCCUUCAAAAUCCAACUCCAACUCCUCCUUCCUCAGCCACCGCUCCUUCCUCUUCGUCUUCUUCGUCGUCUGAGAAAACGUCUCCCAAAUCCCGAUCGAGAGGCUUCUCAUCAUCAUUGGGCUUCUCAAACCUAGCCAGUACUACUAAUCAUCAUCAUGAUUAUCACCAUCAAACUAGUCCAACUUCUUCGGUCAAUAAUAAUCAGACCAUCUUUCAAACCAACAACAUUAAUAAUAAUACUCAUCACGAGUUCUUACCAACCGAUCAACACUAUUUCUUCCCGGCCGUGCCUAAUCAUCACCCCAGUUCUACUCCUGUUCCUGCUAAUACCAGUCAAGGGUUUUGCUUCCCUCCUCAAAAUCAUGAGCUCUCUCAUGUACUACCUCAUCACAUGGAGAUACAGAAUAUAGGGCCUUGUACAAGCCUUUUACUUAGUGAGAUCAUGAACCAAAACGGUGACUUAAAGAAAGAGCAUCACGAGGUGAAUAAUUAUCAUAAGAAUUUGAUGAUGAAGAUGAGCUCUACGGAUGACGAUGAUGAAUCUCAGUUGAAUUACACUUGUCUGAUGACGCCGACUAGGCCUCCGGCCACUACUCCGUCUAACGUCGUCGUUUCAUCUCCUCACCACCACGCUACUACUGCAACUACUACUGUAUCUGCUCCAUCUGUCCCCCUCAAUCAAAUCCAAGGUGUUGUAGGAGAAGAUGAACAGGGAGUGGUGGGUCCAGGUGGAGAUGGUGUGGCAAAUAAAACGAUGGUGUUCAUAAACGACGUGGCCUUCGAGGUGGCCGCUGGGCCAUUCAACGUGCGCGAGGCUUUUGGUGAAGACGCUGUACUUAUUCACUCCAAUGGUCAACUUGUUCCCACCGACGACUGGGGCGUCACUCCUCACUCCCUCCAGCACGGCGCUUUUUACUAUCUUAUCUGGUAAUAAUUCACCUUUUCACACCAUUAUUUACGUAAAUCUUUUUAUUGGAUUAUAAU